AUGAAAUACAACGGAUGUGUUUACUAAGUAAUAUAAUAUUCAUUUGAUUUUUUCGAAUAAUUAAUACUCAACGGAACUUAAGCAAACAAUCAUCAGAAAUCUGUUGAACUUUCAAGAAAAAAUAUAGUAUUUUAGAGGAUAUAUAAACAAAUUGCUGCAUUCUUUAUUUCAUAGACUGUUCAGUGAAGAUUUCUGCGCCCAAUAUGAAAUUCACAAUUCUUGUUAUCUUCUGUCUUACUAUCAUCCUACACUCAUGUUUUAGCCAAAAGCUAGUUGGAGGAGUGCAUCCGGUUGACGAUGCACAGACCAAGAAAAUGAAGCCAAUCGUGAAAAUAGCAGUAAUGGAGUACAAUUACAGAACCAAUAGUCGCUAUUGGUUCACUGAUUAUGACGUGAAAAACAUGAAAACUCAAAUUGUUUCAGGUGCGCUAUAUCAUUUCACGUUGCACAUGAAACAAACCACAUGUUCAAAGAAAAAUGUGAUGCAGAGUUUAAAACAGGGCAAUGAUGUUCAUUGCAAAGUGGAUCAUAGCGUUGUAAGUUACAUUUUUGUAAAGAAUAAUAAUAUUAAUCGAAAUUAGUACUCAUUGUUAUCGAAACUCCACAUUCUCUUGUAUUGUGUGGUAGUUACUUAUCAAUUUACGACUCCGAUGUAAUUAUUCUGUCAAUGAUCUAGACUUCCUUGAUCUGAAGUAUCAGAGUGGCUUACAUAUUAAACGUCAGUUGAUUGUUUUAGAACCAUUUAUCUUCUGAAGCGUGUGGUGUCAUCGUUGCAAUGGUGAAUGCGAAUAUCUCCCUGACAACUUAAAAUUAUGAGCGCUGCACGCCUGAGAAAACAAAUUUCACAGAUUCAUCAUUUUUCACAUAUAAACUACUAAGUAGUAUUAACUGAGAAGUGACCAGCCACUUCACAUUUCACUCAACUGAUGACCUUGAGGAUGAGUUAAUCUUACCGCUGUUGGUAGGUGAAAAUGACUUAUAUCAGAAAGACAUUCUAUGCACGUAUCUACAGAUGAAGGAUAAAAGAGUAUCCAGUUAGUCAGGCAACAUACCUCUUUGGUUUCUGUGUGACUGAUGCACAUUUUAAAAGUCGAUUUUCAGGAAUCUAGCUGUGGAACAACCUAGCAUUAACACCUCGUACUGUUUUACUCAACAGUUCAAGCCUGAACAUUAGUGAUACUAAAACUUCAUUCUGGACUAUAGAUGCAACCUAUCACUAGUGACUGAUAAAAAACAGUGAAACUUCGUCUGGGUGAGUUAGCCGAAGAGGUUGAAAACCGUCGAUGACUGAGGCGGUGACAUGGCUGAAGGUCGCUCACGAUGGUGCAGAUGAAUUCACUCCUCGACAUGCAUAUGCAUACAUGUUGAGCGUGCCGGGCCACCACCCACUUCAAAAUGCAGUGUUAGUCAAAUUUGAGUUAGGUUGAAAGAAGACUCAGGUUGGCGAGACCUAAACGUGAAACCAGUGCAUGAAGUCUCUGACUGUCGGUGUGAACUUUGUAGGGACGUGUAAACUGCCUGGUUUGGGUUCAUGAGUUGACAGGAAUCAGUCAUUGGAGACAAUUGGUGACGUGACUGGAAAUCGUUGACAAUGGUGCAGGUGUAUCCACUCGCUGACAUCCUCUAAAGCUUGAACAUUUUCACUAACUUUGAUUUCUAAGCUUCUUCUCCUCCUAUACAUCUUUGUUCUUUGUAUCAUAUUGUGAAGUGUGGUAACUUGGAUCGAUUCACUUUUGUUCAAGGUUCUGUAUUGAUUUCGCCUGUCCACCUGUCUGAAUUGGACAUAUUUUGAGAAGCUUCAAUUCGAUUAGUGACUUGAAAAUUGGUCGUAUGUUAUGACCGAUUAAUUGACUACAUGCCAACUAAAGCAUAAAAUUUGUUGCGAAUAAGAGACUCAAGCUUUACAUUGCAAUACCUUCUGGUCUGUUUCAAGAUUAGCCACAGAAAUUCGUUAUUCCUUCCUACCCACCUUCUAAAGGACUAAAUAGCUAGCCAAUUUUGAAAAAUGGAAACUUAUUUGUUCAUUUGUUUAUUAUUUCUAGUAUUCUAGGUGAUAUUUUUACGGAAGACAUAUGAAGAAGGAGAUUUGAUUCAAACACCUGAAGCCUAUCAAUUCUAUUUUAUGGAAGGAGGAUUAUUGAAAACAUAAGUUCCGAGCGUGAUCGGAUGGGGAAAAUACUAAGUAUCACAAAUCUGCCAAUUUUUCAUCAUUUACUCACCAAAAGAUACGAUGAUGUGAACAUCUGCAGUAAACUAUAUAUACGGAAUAUUAAUGCAUAAGCCAACGCUACACAGUGUGGCUAGUGGCCUAAGCAGAGUAAUGUUCAAGACUCUUGUUUGAGAACUUCUUCAGGAUUGAGAUGACUUUCUUGAAGGCUGUGUAAUAUACCCUCCUGAUGAGUACUGGAAGGUUCCAGAUCUGUGUUGACUGUUGUUAGUGAUGCUAACACUUUGGUCAACACUCAUAGGACCAGCUAAUUAAUAAAUUCACGAUAAUAAAUAAAUAAAUUCAAUAUUUGUUUAAUUAAACGUUAACUUUAUUAUUUAUCAAAUAUACAGGAUGGUCAAAUAUGCGAAGUUGAAGUUUGGCUUAAACCAUGGGAUAAAACCCAAUAUCAUACUGAGUUCACCAAAUGUUGGGCAGGCAAGCCUUCGUCAAAGAAACCGCAAGAAGGAGGCAAACAAAGAAAUGACCACAAACCAAUUUUGCCAAAAAAGCACUAAGAUCUGAUUCAUUGAGUUAACUAUCUGUUAAAAGAUGAUGGUUUGCUGUCGAAAUUAUUUGUAACUGUUGUUGAGUAAACAAUUUACGAUUAACAAGCAAAAUGUUCGCUUUUCCAACCAUUGUAACAACUUGUUUUGUCUACUGUGUAUCAUUAUACUGCACUGCAAUCCGUUC